AUGGGUGAAAACGUGAGAUGGCCUCCAAAGAUGAAGGCACCUGACAACAAGCGUAACACCUCAAAGUGGUGUGAAUUUCACAAUGAUCACGGCCACAGAACAGAAGAUUGCAUCUCAUUGAGGAUGGAAGUGAAUGAGCUGUUGAAGAAAGGAUACUUGAGAGAAUACUUGUCUGAUAAAACCCAAAAUCGAUUGGAUGGUGAAAGCAACAAACAAGUUGCAAUUGCCAACGGUCUGGUUUCUCCUCCAAAACAUGAUCGAGUUAUCAAUGUUAUCUCUGGAGGAUCAGAAAUAAGCGGGAUAACUCAUUCAGCUGCAAAAAGAAAUACCAGAACUGUCAAAAACUGUCAAAGCAAAGGGCAAGCUACGCAAGGCGACAUGCCAGCGUGCACAAUAUCUUUUGCAAUGAGUGAGAGCAGUGUAUCAACCCCGCAUCAUGAUGCGUUAGUCAUACAAUUGACAGUGGCUAAUUGCUUAGUGAAGAGGAUAUUAAUCGACAAUGGAAGCUCAACCAACAUCCUUUAUAUGCAAGCAUAUAAAGAGUUGGGUCUCGACGAAAAAGAAUUGACACGAAAAUCUAUCCUGUUAGUGGGAUUCAGUGGCGAGGUCAAGCAGAGUGUUGGCGAAGUGACACUUCCAGUGUAUGCUGAGGGAGUUAACAAACACACAAAGUUUUUGGUAGUGGACUGUGCUUCGGCUUACAAUGCCAUUAUGGGGCGCCCUUGGAUUCACGACAUGGGUGCUGUCCCAUCGACUCUACACCAGAUUAUCAAAUUUCCCACCCCAUGGGGAGUGAAGGAGAUAGCAGGGGCACAAGAGAGUUCACGCUCGUGUUAUCAGACUACCUUAAAGGGUAAAGGUCAGCAAUUAUAG